CCGCCGCCUCCCCUGCGCGCCCGUGGCGGCCGGCGAGUCCGGCUGCUGGAGAGGAUGUCGCUGCUGCGGUCUCUGCGCCUCUUCCCGGUCGUGUGCACCGGCCGCUCGGCGAGGCCGGCCCUGCUGCAGGGGUCCCAGCCGUGGCACACGCUGCACGCCGGGCCCUCGCUGUCCUCGUCCGCCUCCAGCAAGGAGCUCCUCAUGAAGCUGCGGCGGAAGACAGGCUACUCCUUCGUCAACUGCAAGAAGGCCCUGGAGGCCUGCGACGGUGAUCUCCAACAGGCAGAGGCCUGGCUGCACAAGCAGGCCCAGAAGGAGGGUUGGAGCAAAGCGGCCAAGCUCCACGGGAGGAAGACCAAAGAAGGCUUGAUCGGGCUGCUGCAGGAGGGAAACGCGGCUGUUUUAGUAGAAGUAAACUGUGAGACGGAUUUUGUCUCUAGAAAUUUAAAAUUUCAGCAGCUGGUCCAGCAAGUCGCCCUGGGAACCAUGUCUCACUGUCAGAGCCUAGAGGAUCAACUCUCCACGUACACUAAAGGCUUCCUGAACUCCUCUCAGCUCUCUGAACUUGCGGCCGGGCCCAACCAAGAAGGCUCUCUCAAGGAUCACUUGGCCUUAGCAAUUGUUGCUCAACGCCUUGAGACUGAAGCCACGCUUAAGGACGGUUUAAAGACACUCACUGCAGCCCGUUAGCUCUGGGGUCUGACUUUGCAGAGCACAAAGGACAGCGUGAUGUCGGAACGCCCUGUGCCACGCAGGACUGGCCGCUGGCUGCAAGGUCCACCUCUUUUAGCUGUUAAAAUAGCCUGAGCUGCUGUGGACACGUUGGGAACUAUUCAGAUAUCAUUUGGAUUAGAGGUUUGUCUCUGAGAAAUACUGACAAUAACCUUAAUCUCUCCUGAGAGGCAGAAAAAGCUGAAUAAUAAUAAUGUUCUUUCUUUCUCUCUCUUCUUUCUUAUUUGGUUUGGUGUAUGAGGCGGAGUCUUGUGUAUCCCAGGCUGGCCCUCCACUCAGUAUGUAGCCAAGGAUGACCUUAACCUCUUUCAUUUAUUCUGUAGAUUAUGUAUGUGUGUGUGGGGGUAUAUGCUCUCUGAGACCGCUGAGCCGGCUCUCCAUGCCCUCCCCAUAUUCUGGAAGGCAGUAAAUGAGGAGCCUGGCCCUGAGACCUGCUUUUUUCUUCCCCUCCUUCAUCCCGCCCCCCUCUUUUUUAAGAUGGAGGUUUUGCUGUGUAGACUAGGUUGGCCUAGAACUCGGGAUUCUCCCUCUCAAGUGCUCGAGCCCUGCUUUUCUAAUGAUUUAAAAUACCCCCAAGGACGGGGGUGAUUCAGCGUUUAGAGCGCCCCAUUAGCUUGCACUUCAAACAAAACAAACAAAAAACCUUUGCAUCCAAGUAGACCGCUGAGGGGGGUGGGGG